UUGUUUACUUCCUUCUGAAGGCAGUCAGUCACACAGCAGUCAGAAGGUCUGCCCGCACGUCGGUACGCAGCCGAGGCUGGAGGAGCGCAACGGAGAGACAGCAAUGACGCCUGCCUUCUGGUACACAGUUUAAAUCACGCACGAACGGACGCAGAACCAAGAUGGAUUACAAAUAUGACUCUGGACUAGAACUGCUGUUGGCUCACAUGAACGUGGAGGACAUUAUCAACGCAGCAGAGACACUGUAUCAACUUGAGGAAGAGGAGGAAGAGGCCGGCUUGUCUUUUGACGAAGAGGGGCUUUCCCAGGAGGAGAUGGAUGAGAACGAGGAGAUUGGGGAAGGGGUGGGUUCGGGUAAGGCUCAGAAGGACUAUGGUGAUGGAGUGGGCGAUGUUCGGUACGGGACAGUGCAAGACCUCCUCUCCUUUGUGAACCUCCUGUCCAACAUGCAGGCUGCAGCUCUGCAGCACCUCCCUGAGGAGAUAGGAGUCCUCCUGAACAAGAAGUACAUGGCUGUUAAAAAAGGCCGCUAUCAGAUCAACUUGGACGUGCUUCUGUUUCCAUGGAAAUUAACCUACAAGAAUCCCGGCCCUGGCCUCGUGCCUAAGGGCUCAUUUGGGAAAGUCCACUUGGCUCAGGACAUUACGACCAGGAAGAGAAUGGCCUGCAAACUGAUCCCCAUUGAGAAUUUUAAAGCAGCUGAUGUGGAGUUCCAGGCCCGGUUCCGGCAUGAGAACAUCGCGGAGCUGUACGGCGCCGUGCUCUGGGACCAGAGCGUCCACCUGUUCAUGGAAGCAGGGGAAGGUGGUUCGGUGCUGGAGAAGCUGGACAGCUGCGGACCCAUGAGGGAGUUUGAGAUCAUCUGGGUGGCCAAGCAGGUCCUGCGAGGGCUGGAGUACCUGCACUCACACAAUGUCAUCCACCACGACAUCAAACCCAGUAACAUUGUCCUGAUGUCGGACAAGGCCGUGCUGGUGGACUUUGGUCUCACGGUGCAGAUGACAGAGGAUAUAUACACCCCUAGAGACCUCAGAGGAACAGAGAUGUAUAUGAGUCCAGAACUGGUUUUGUGUCGAGGACAUAACACCAAGACGGACAUCUACAGCCUGGGUACCACCAUAAUCCAUAUGCAGACUGCGAGUCCUCCCUGGGUCAGGAGGUACCCUCGCACUGCCUACCCGUCUUACCUCUACAUUAUCCACAAGCAGGCCCCGCCUCUGGAGGACAUACCGGAGGACUGCAGCGCUUCCAUGCGAUCGUUUUUGGAGCGGGCCUUGGAGAGGAACCCUGCCCUGCGGAGCUCUGCGUCCGAGCUGCUGAAGGACGAGGCCCUGAAUCCUCCCAGGGAGGACCAGCCGCGUUGCUGGAGCCUUGACUCGGCCAUGGAGGAGGCCACCCACAUGUUGCUGCGGCAGCAAAGCCAACACCCAGACACCACGCAGGAAUCGUCUCUUUACUCUGAAGACUCUGGUCACAUCAGGAGGAAAGGCUCGCUGUACAUAGACCUGGGGGCCUUGUCAGGGUACAGCAAACUGGUGACGGGACCCCCUGCCUCUGAAUACGGCUAACGUUUACCUCAGAGAGAUUGUUAUCUGCGGAAGCUGUACUGGGGUUAAAGUCGUUGCUCAUUUGCUGGUAGCCUUGCAGACGAAACUCGCAGAGCGCUCCAGGCAUGACAUGAAAGAGACACGGUGCCCUGAUUCA